AUGCAUAUCAAAAAGAAUUUGUAUGAUAUUUAUUAACUGAAGAAAAAAUCAAUUUUGUUUAAAGUUCAAUUUAUGAGUGUAUUUAGUUAAGAAAAGUUUAUACCCUAUUCUCAACCAGAUUAUUUUGAUAUGGCCAUAAAGAUCCAAUAUGCAGGAGAUGAUGAAGGAUUAUUCCAAUUUGAAUUGGUGUCUCAUCAUCCAAAAUAGAAUAGAAAAUGGAAGGAUUCAUUGUCGUAAUAAAAGACCAUAAGUUUAAUGAAUAUAAAAUGCUUUCUUACAGGCAGUGAAGACUUUGAAAAGCCUUAAUUAAAAAUACAUUUACUUAAAGAAGAUAAGACAUAUGAAAUAGAUGAGAAGUACAUCGACAUCGAAUUUACACUAAGCAUAAAUGAAUAAUCAUUAUGA